AUGCACGCAGACCAUUUACUGUUAGGACGAUCAUGUCAAUUCGAUUGGAGAGUGGUUCAUGAUGGCUAUACUAAUAGAUAUACCUUUAAGCAUUGUGGCAAGAAUGUGACACUUACACCAUUAACCCUGAAGCAAGUAUACGAGGACCAACUCAAACUCAAAACAUUUGUGGGACAAAUGAGAGAAAAAGAAAAGAAAAAUGAGAGAGCUAGAGGUAAAAUUUCAAAAGAGACUGAAGAGGAAGCAAGAAAAGAAAAAAAUGGGGAAGAAAAAGAAAGUGGGAAAAUAAGUGUGUUUAUGAGAGCGAGUGAUGUUCGGAGAGCUUUAACUUUGAGGCAACCUAUAUUUGAAUUUGAGGACGUUUUCCAGGAAGAAGUGCCAAGUGGAUUGCCUCCCAUUCGAGGCAUCGAGCACCAAAUUGAUCUAGUACCUAGAGCUGCACUUCCUGAUCGAUCUGCUUAUUGA